UGCAUACACUCAAAUUUGGUAUAAAGUUAAGAUAAAUAUGCAGUGGCUAACAUAUAUAAUGACUAUACUUUUCACAAAUGUCAUAUGUGGAAAUGGAAUUAUGGUGACAGGUACCAUGAGUAAGAAUGGGACCUCCGUUAGUUCACAGUCAGGUCGCCAAAAGAGAUCUUCCUGCGAGCCUGAUGUUACCAUAGCCUCGGAGACACAGGUACAGAUACUGAAGACAGGGAAAAACGACAUCGUUCUUUAUACCCGCCAGAAGAACCUGAAAUACAUCGAUGUUAAGCUCACGUUCACUUUUGGGCAAGAGUUGAAACGAUUUUCAACCGAGAGGUGCGUUACCGACCCUUCGUGUUGGCAGGCGGUGAAAGUGCGUGCCCUCAGGAACCCCAGUGGCGCGAAGGCAUCGAAAUGGGCAGUCGAACUCAGCCUUGGGUCCUGUUCCUUUUACGAGACCUAUUCGUACCUGUACUGGAUCAACGACCUCUACAGCAUGGGUAUUUUGGCCCAGGGUUCCUCGGAAUGGUACUUCACACUGAGGGGCCUAGGCUGCCCGAUCCACGAGAACCCUACCCACUGCCCUCUUGUUGGGAACCUGGAUCCGAGGCUGCAGGUCGCGGGGGCGGAAGGAGCGGCCUCGACCAGCAUAGGAAUCGUCGCUGCUUCUCUCUUGUUGAUAGUCAACAUCCUCGUCAUCAUAAUACUGUACAAAAGACUCAGGACACGUUCAGAAUCCAGUUUGCGGUUGACGCAGAUCGGUGUAGAAGAUGAUGACAGCAUGGCAACUAGAAAUGCUGCAUCGCGUUCGGGGGAGGGUAACCUAUACCUCCCUCCCUGCCCAAGAACCACCGUCGGCCCUUACCCUGUGACCAACCCACCUAGACAACACCCAGAGCCUCCUUUAAUACCUGUCGGCAACGCUGCAGGCCCAGGCUACCUGUACGUCGUGAUACCCAGCGUCAGACACCAGCGCCAAACGUCUACGUGCCCGAGACGACUAAGGCAGUUCUUAGAAAGCGGCUCUCAAAGCAUAUAUGAUGAUGUAAGCAAAGAAUGCGGUCAGGGUCAGUACGAUGACGUGAAUGAAGAUUGCACACAGUUCCAGCCUCGCGUCUUGUAUAGUAAUACCGACAUCGAGCGCCCGACGGGAAAACCCACUCCACGUUUUCAACAGACUGAGAGUAACCAUUACAUUGACCUUACUGGAGAGUAAAGCUGGGACGGUGGUUUAACACAUCUUACCAAAUAUGGUGAAAGUAACAUAUUCUGUUUUUCGAUUACCGUAUUCACGGCAUGCAUGAUGAAACUAUUUCAAUGACGGUAAUAAUAGUGGGAGCUAUGAUAAUGGAGAUGAUGGUGAUAGUAAUAGUAUUACUGGUAAAUACAGCAAUGAGGAUAUUGAUAAUAUCAUUAUAAUAAUAAA